UGCACUAACAGCUACCCCUUGCACAACUUUUGGCUUCAGGUAAAAACUUAAAUGUUUCUAAAGCUGUUAGAACUAAAGCAAACUCGCACAAGUCUUUUCUUUCUGCAUUGUUUAAACUUGUGGAAUUUAUUACUGAAAAUAACAGUAGAGCAAUAUAAAAAAGAAUGACAAUAGCUGUACAGUUUUACACUUGAAAUGGCAGAAGUACCUACAUGAAUUUCCUUGGCUCUUACACAAAUGCUUUUCUGAGAGAACUUGGGCUGAGGUGAACAGACUUCUGCUGCCAUGCCAGUGCUCUGCUGGUGCCUGUGGCUGAUGCACCCAGCUGAGAAGGUGAGUGACUAGAAGUAGGGCUGCUGGCCUGUCAGGAACACAGGUGCUAUGGUCUUCAACUGUUGCUUCUCUUGUACAUAAAACAACUGUGUUACUUCUGUGUUGUUUUUCAUCAGUGUUUUUUGAAAAGCCCCUGAAAAUGUCUCCUCCCACUCCAUGCCCCAGUGCUCUGUUGCAAAACCUAGCCUGAAAGGUAGAGUUGAAAACAGAAAUGGCUGAGGUAAGAAUCUUGCAGAAGUAUUCAGGGCAAUAAUAUUUCAGCAUUUAUGAAUCUACCGUGCAGACCACAGGCCAAGUUAUAUCCUCCUUAGCUCAGUAGUUUGUCCACCUUUGGAGAUGGGCCCUUGUGGCUCUGCCAGAGAAGGCAAUGUGGCAUCUUAACUACUGCUGCCAGAAGAAGUGCUUUACCAUUUCUUUAAUUUUCUGUGUGAAUUGGGCAGUUUUUGAACAGAAAACCUUAUUUUAUUGAAAACUACAGGGGGAAAAAAAGGUUGAAGGACUAGGUCAGCUUUUACUAAUGGGUCAGCUCAGGCUGUUUGGUAAGGAAGAGAAGCAGGAAGGCGUGGCAAUGAUGCUUUGGACAUGCUUGUGGGAUAUUCUUCCUAAGUGAAGCUGAUUCAGAUUUGGAAAUGAUUUGACUGCAGGCAGGUAAUUUAGAACAUAAUGUAUUAUGCAGAUUUCUACCUAAUUUACUUGUCAAAUUAGAUCAUUAAAAUACCUCAAGUACAUGUGGCUUGGUAUAAUUUUGUAGCAUUUUUAGGGCAAAUUCACCAACUUCUGCUCACAUAAAUCUUGUGUUCUGUCCUCCCUGGUGUUCUGAAGCGGGACAACUGAUCUGUGGGUGUGGGGCUGGGAGACAGACACACAGGGAGAACUGGGAACUGUUUGAAAGUGGUAUUAAUCAGAGGUUGUAGGAGGUGAAGGCUUCACCUGAGGCUUUCCUGUGACAUUAAUUGAGCUGCAUUUUUGUGGCUAUGAAACUCUGACACCAUAUUUUUGCACAAACAUUUCAUUGUGCCUCAUAGGAACUUUAGCAGCCUGCACUGUAUAGUCCCACAGAAGUAGGAGUACAUUUUUGUCAUUCCCAAUUAGAGAAGGCACUAACUGUAAACAUUUUUUGCUGAUUGUCCUAUAUAGUAUUGCAGUCUUGUACGCUCCUCCCUCCCUGCAGAUCUUCAACUUUGACUCUCUACUAAUUAUCAAAUUAAUGCCGUCAUGAGAGUGCGGUGCCAAGCCAGACCAUGGGUGUCCUUAUUGCAUAAUGCAGUUUUGGCCAGAGGAGUUUUUAGCAAUAGUAAAGCAGGGCGGGGUAUGGAGGACACACUCUGUAAUUGAGGAUCAAAGGUACUUCUCUCUGCUUCUCGGUGUGUAGAGGAGAUGUUCAGCUGCAAAAGGCAGAAGUGUCAGGAAGUAUCUCUCUAAACAUUUUGUCACCAGGGAGAACCGAAGAGGGAAGGCUUCCAGAAGCUGCUCUGUGUUGAAGAUGGAUAUUAAGAGCAUGAAGAACUAUCUUUAUUGGCUGUUCUGCCAGUUUGAAUUAAUCACCUGCAGCUACCUCAUGGAGCCCUGGGAAAAAGUGCUCUUCUACACUUUCAACGUUACUAUGUUAGUGAUGCUAGCAUACACUGCUUACAUCAUUUUCCCUGUCCACAUUAGCAUGGCUUUUCAAUUCUGCUUGCACUUGUUUGGAAGCCAACAUGAAAAUACUGUUUCUGUUGUGAAGUAACAUUGGCAACCUGACAUAACUUUUGGAUCAAAUAAGUGUUUUUCUCAACACUUUUUGUUUAGAAAGACAGGUUCAGGGUGUGUGCAAACACUGUUUUACUCUCUUCGUUUUCUUCUGCAUUCUGGGACUCUGUGACAGCAAAUUAUUUUGCCAAAUCAAUUUCAAUCAGUCCUCGUUUUUAUCAUCUGACAGUGCCUUCUAAAGAGCUUUCAGGUUUAAAGACUGACUGGAGUUACAAAGCUGGGUUUGGUAAGGAAGCAACUGUGCUGAGUGUUUUGUUACUCCAGGGAGAACUGUUUGGAUAUGGAGAGUUUUUAUCUUGGGAAAUUAUACAGCAUAUAUUUGUUCUUGUCUGCCACAGCUUUGCUGACAGGGAAGAUGUGUACAUGAAAGGUUUUGUACAAUACUAUGCAACUAUAGGCUGCUUUUCUAAGCUUGAUAUGUAUGUAUUUAUACAAUUAUUUUAGUAUUUAUUUAGUUUGACUCCAUUAUUUAAUGCAGUGAAAUAUUUGUCUGGUUCAUCAUUAUGCAAAUAAUGCAGUUGAUUUAUUGAAAAUGUGAGGAUUUACUUCCGUAAAUUUUUUAAAUAAAAUUCUGAUUUUCUUGGACUUAAAAUAAUUUCUUAUUCUUUUAAAAGAUUGCUAAAGCAUACAUACCAUAUGCAAAGCAUUAAACUAUGUAUUCAGCUGAAGUAGGGAUAUUUUAUACUCUUUCCAUUUACUUGUUUCUGAAACAUGAACUGUUGAGACUUUUAUAGCUAACGUGGUGGACAUCCCGUAAUUGGCUUUGUUUUGAAGUCCAUGGUUUUUAAACUUCAGUCUUGAAUGCACAAUAUGGUUAUGCUGACAGCUUGUUAGAGUGGAUACUGACUGAAGCUGGCCAGAAAUGAAGAACCAAUGCAAUUAAAUUGAGAACAUGUGCUCAGCACCAUGCCCACAGCACAGCAGCAGUGCAUAUAGGGUGACAGCCCAGCUCUGCUCUCACUCAUGCUGAAGUGAGUUUUCUUCUGUCUUUUGAGCAUAGUGAAGCUCCUAGAAUAUCCUCACCUUUAAGACAACAGGAUGCUCUCAAUAAGUGGUAAUCAGAUGAUGUAGAAAUUGAGAUUUAAUAGAAUCAUAGAAUCAUUAAGGCUGGAAAAGAUGUCUAACCUCAUCUAGUCCAGCUGUCAACCCAUCACCACUUGGCCACAGGCUGUGACAAAACAAACUGAAAACACUAUUUAUGUUACUUGUCAUCUCACCAUGAGAUCCAGUUACUUUCCCAGCUGAUGAUUAGAAGAGUAUGAAAAUAGCUUAUUUGUGAAAACAAAGGCAGAUGAGUUUAAACUUGUAACUCUUACUCGACAGUAAUCUCAGGAAAAUUUGUAAAAAAAUGAACUUUGAUUAAGUGCUUUUCAAUUAUAAUCUGAUCAUAUGUUUAAUUAAAGUAAUCUAAUGGCUAAAGUGAUAAACCCCUUGCAUUUUCUCCUAGCAGCUUUCAUGUACAGGAGAUAGACUGCCUUUAAUGAAGUUUAGGAACAGAAGAGGGAAACAGUAUUAUAGUUUGGUCAAUUAUUAGACUAUUUGUCAGGAUAACCGUUUAGUUGCAAAACUAUCAGUCCAUAAUGUAAGCAGGUAAAUGUAGUAUUUUGCAUCAUAUGUACUUGAGAAACAUGCAGAUAUUGCAUUAUAUACCUGCAGAGAAAUCUCAGAGUGUAAGAAGGCCAACAUAGUUAUAUUUACAUUGGGUAAGAGCAGACUGUACACGUACAUCCAAAGUAUUUGUUGACAUUAAGGAAUCUGACAUCUGGCUGACGAACUUAGAACUUAUGCUGGGUGUGUUUGUGUUUUUUUGUUUGUUGCCACCCUUUCCUUGACUUCCCAGAGUAAACCCACUUGUUUGUUGCGGUUGCAUGAAUUGCCUGGUGUCUCUUGGAAUAGCUGUCACAGGAUCCUGCCUGUGCAGGUGUCCUAUUUGCAUGCUGCACUCCUGUGACAUGGACUAGCUCCUUGGCAUCUGCAAGUGACAGCAAUGCAGUUCAUUCUGUCCAAGAACAGCACAGAUCUCUAAAGCUCAGCUGUGAGAACUGGAGGGAGGAUGGAUACGACAGAAAACCAGAAGGAUGCAGAGGGCUAAGUGACAACUAAACGGAAAAUACUUGAUUCGUUUUAUUCAUUACAGUCUUUUCCCUGCAUGGGACUAACACUCCUAACUUCAGAGUAAGAUUUAAAAUACUAUAUUUAAACUCCACCUUGUAAUUGCUGUUUUAAAACAACGCAAACAAAAAUACUAACCUGCUUGGGCAUGCUCCCUGCUGGGAUCUGUGCUCUGGCCCACAGCCUUCUUUCAGCUGAACUCUGCAUAUUACUGCCUCUCCAGAAAAGAGCAACAAAAACUUGUGCAGAUCUCCCCAUCAGAAGUACUGCAUGUACUGCAUGUAACUGUUCCAUGGGUUGCCUGACUGCCCUGCUAUCCACCAGGUGCAUGGCAGGUGCAGGCACUGCAUCUUUGCUACAACAAUUGCAUCAGAAACACUUGAUACAAGGGAUACCUUAUUAAAACACAGCAGUCCCCCCAUGCUUUUCCAUGGAGGCAUGCAGCCAGUUCUCUGCAGAGUUUUUGCACAUAGAUACAUAAAUGCACACACACAGUCUACAUGAGUAGAAGGUUGUUUCUUAGAUGCUGGAUGGCUUAUUAAUCUCCUAAACAUUAAUGUCAGUAGAUGUGCUUGCUUAGCAAGUGAGUAUCAGUUCGUUAACAUCAAUGCCUGCCACAUGAAACAGUAACUAAUUCCACUCAUCUGUCUUCCCCUGUCAGGGAGGUUGGGCUUUUGGGUGUGUGUGCAUGGGGGAAGACAGGGUUGUGUGGUGGUGGUGCUUGCAGGUUUUUACUAACAUUCAGAUGCAGGAAUAAGAGGUGCUUUUUGUUUUCUCCCAGGGCUGUUAACCCCAGUGUACACUCGUGUAUGCUGAAUGUACUUGCUCAAUGACUUUCUGUCAAUAAAUGAAUUCAUGUUAGUAUUUACAAAUGUGGACUUAAACAAGCAGUGUUAAUUGAACAAAAUUAGUUUCUGACAUUUCUGACUAUUCUAAUGUCAUUCCCAUUCCCAUCUUUGUGAAUAGUUCUGACCUAGAAAGGAAAUUGUUGACACAAAGCACCGUUCAUAUCUCUGCUUCACCGGCUUCUAAAAAGGAUUCUCAUAGUUAAAUGGCAUAACUUAGGAACACUGGUUCAAGAAAGGUAAAACCAAAUAACUAAAUAAUAAAGACCUGCUAAAUCCAAAUACCUUAUGCUUCUCACUGUGAUCUGUGUGAUUACAACUCUAAUACAUUCUAC